AUGAAACGUUCAUCGAAUGGUAUUAUCAAUUCAUUAGAUGAUUCAAUACUUGAACGAUUUUGUUCAUAUAUAUUGCCUAAAAUUCAUUAUAAAAUCAAGUGGCUUGAUCUAGAACCAUUAUGUAUGGAACGUAUUCUUCUUGUUGCUGACUAUCCUAAUUUACAUGGACUUUCUCUUUUCAAUAUUGAACGUGAUACAAUUUUACGUUUAUUUGGUGUGUGUACUUAUGUUUUAACUAUGUGCACCAAUUUACUAUGCUUAAAAUUUCAUCCAUAUUCCGAUAUUUAUGUCGACUUUAGUGAACGAUUAUCUUUCGAAUCAAUAAAAUCUGCAAGUUUUUUUUCUUCAAAUUUAAUGGAAUUACAUAUCAAUGUCGACGAUUUUACUGAUUGUCUUUAUCUGCUUGAUGGUCGUUUCCAACAACUUCGUACUUUCUAUGUUGAUAUUCGUUUGUUUACUCCUCCAUCACAAGCAAUUAUUAACAAGAAAGAAUUAAUUCAUUUGAAAUGUUUUUCAUUAACUUGUGGCUUAGAAAUAAUGUUUUAUGAAGAAUCGAUGGUACCUCUCCUCCAUCGAAUGUCUAAUCUAGAAGAACUAUUCUUGAAUGUCUCCAUCGGUCGUAGUACUCCUAUUAAAUCAUUCAUUGAUGGAAAUGAUUUGAAAAUAGAUAUUAUGAGUCAUAUGCCAAAGUUAAAUAAAUUCGUAUUCAGUAUUCAUUCAAAUUUAAAUGUUGAUGAUUUAACACAUUUGCCAUCAAAUGAAGAUAUUCAACGUACAUUUAAAGGUCUCGAAGAUUAUCAAAUCAUUUCUUAUAUUCAUUAUUUUCCAGAUGAUUGUAUUGGUCAAUGUCAUAUGUAUUCACAACCGUAUACAAUGAAUUAUUUAUAUCGACUUACAAAUAGUUUUCCAGGUGGAUUAUUCAAAUUUGUUCAUAAAGUCUCACUAUAUGAUGAACAUCCUUUUGAACACGAAUUCUUCAUUCGAAUUGCUCAAUCAUUUCCAUUGCUUAGAACAUUGUCUAUUGACAAUGAGUCACCACAAAAACAUAAACAACGUCAACAGUUAAACAAAGAUCGUCGCAGUUUGCCAGUUAUUAAAUAUGCUCAUCUUACUCUGCUCUCUCUCAAUAGCGCUCAUAAUGAUUACAUCGAACAAUUUCUAAUUCAUACUAAAACAUGUCUAUCAAAUUAUAUUAGUCUUGAUGUCUAUUAUCCUUCUCUUCAAAAGGUAACUAACAACUUCACAAGAGAUACAACACGAAUCAACUGUGCCAAAAUUAAUUAUAUAUACAAUAUUGACAAAUGGAAUGUUUCUAAACAUUUCCAUACAUAUUUUCCUUAUGUUGAAAAAUUCUGA